AUGGAUCGGAAUGAUGGGAGGGAAUUUGCCAAAGAGAGAGAGAGAGUGGAGAACCGGAGAGCUUUCAUGAAACUGCGGCGCCAGCAGCAGAUUGAGCGCGAGCUGAACGGGUACCGCGCCUGGAUAGACAAAGCAGAGGAAGUCAUGCUUGCUGAAGAAAAUAAAAACGCUGGGACGUCAGCCUUAGAAGUGCUUCGAAGGGCAACCAUCAAAAGGAGCCGGACAGAGGCCAUGACUCGAGACUCCAGUGAUGAGCACUGUGUUGAUAUCUCCUCUGUGGGCACACCUCUUGCCCGAGCCAGCAUCAAGAGUACAAAGGUGAACGGGGCCUCCUAUUUCCGGCACAAGGAAAGGCUUCUGCGCAUCUCUAUCCGCCACAUGGUAAAAUCCCAGGUGUUUUACUGGAUUGUGUUGAGCCUUGUGGCUCUCAACACCGCCUGUGUGGCCAUCGUCCAUCACAACCAGCCCCAGUGGCUCACCCACCUCCUCUACUAUGCAGAAUUUUUGUUUCUGGGACUCUUCCUCUUGGAGAUGUCCCUGAAGAUGUACGGCAUGGGGCCCCGCCUUUAUUUUCACUCUUCAUUCAACUGCUUUGAUUUUGGGGUCACAGUGGGCAGUAUCUUUGAAGUGGUCUGGGCCAUCUUCAGACCUGGUACAUCUUUUGGAAUCAGUGUCUUGCGAGCUCUCCGGCUUCUAAGAAUAUUUAAAGUAACCAAGUACUGGGCUUCCCUACGGAAUUUGGUGGUCUCCUUGAUGAGUUCCAUGAAGUCGAUCAUCAGUUUGCUCUUCCUCCUCUUCCUCUUCAUCGUUGUCUUUGCUCUUCUAGGAAUGCAGCUGUUUGGAGGCAGAUUUAACUUUAAUGAUGGGACUCCUUCAGCAAACUUUGACACCUUCCCUGCAGCCAUCAUGACUGUAUUCCAGAUCCUGACGGGUGAGGACUGGAACGAGGUGAUGUACAACGGGAUCCGCUCCCAGGGUGGGGUCAGCUCGGGCAUGUGGUCAGCUAUCUAUUUCAUUGUGCUCACCUUGUUUGGAAACUACACACUGCUGAACGUGUUCUUAGCCAUCGCUGUGGACAAUCUGGCCAAUGCCCAGGAGCUGACCAAAGAUGAGCAGGAAGAAGAGGAGGCCUUCAACCAGAAACAUGCACUGCAGAAGGCCAAGGAGGUCAGCCCGAUGUCCGCACCCAACAUGCCUUCUAUCGAAAGAGACAGAAGGAGAAGACACCACAUGUCGAUGUGGGAGCCACGCAGCAGCCACCUGAGGGAGCGGAGGCGCCGACACCACAUGUCGGUGUGGGAGCAGCGCACCAGCCAGCUGAGAAGGCACAUGCAGAUGUCCAGCCAGGAGGCCCUCAACAAAGAGGAGGCCCCGCCGAUGAACCCCCUCAACCCUCUCAACCCACUGAGCCCCCUCAACCCGCUCAACGCCCACCCCAGCCUCUACCGGAGAUCCAGGCCCAUUGAGGGCCUGGCCCUGGGCCUGGGCCUGGAGAAGUGCGAGGAGGAGCGCAUUAGCCGCGGGGGGUCCCUCAAGGGGGACGGAGGGAAUCUAUCGAGUGCCCUGGACAAUCAGAGGAGCCCCUUGUCCCUGGGCAAACGGGAGCUGCCAUGUCUGUCCAGGCCCUGUCAUGGGAACUGUGACCCGACCCAGCAGGAGGCUGGGGGAGGGGAGACCGUGGUGACCUUCGAGGACCGGGCCAGGCACAGGCAGAGCCAGCGGCGCAGCCGGCACCGCCGCGUCAGGACGGAAGGCAAGGAGCCCACCUCCUCCUCCCGGAGCAGGUCUGCCAGCCAGGAGCGGAGUCUGGAUGAAGGUGUGCCCACUGAGGGGGAGAAGGACUGUGAGCCCAGGGACGGCCAUGGGGUCAAGGAACCCACAAUCCAGGAAGAAGAGCGAGCCCUGGACUUAAGGAGGACCAACAGUCUGAUGGUGCCCAGAGGCUCUGGGCUGGCAGGAGCCCUCGAUGAGGCCGACACACCCCUAGUCCUGCCCCAGCCAGAGCUGGAAGUGGGGAAGGACGUGGCGCUGACGGAGCAGGAGCCGGAGGGCAGCAGUGAGCAAGCCCUGCUGGGGGACGUGCAGCUGGACAUGGGCCGGGCCAUCAGCCAGAGUGAGCCCGACCUCUCCUGCGUCACGGCCAACACAGACAAGGCUGCCACUGAGAGCACCAGCGUCACUGUUGCCAUCCCUGACGUGGGCCCCUUGGUGGAUGCGACGGUGGUGCACAUUAGCAACAAGACUGAUGGAGAAGCCAGUCCCUUGAAGGAGGCAGAGAUCAAAGAGGAGGAGGAGGAGGUGGAGAAGAAGCAGCAGAAGAAGGAGAAGCGAGAGACGGGCAAAGCCAUGGUGCCCCACAGCUCUAUGUUCAUCUUCAGCACCACCAACCCGAUUCGCAGGGCCUGCCACUACAUCGUGAACCUGCGCUACUUUGAGAUGUGCAUUCUCCUGGUGAUCGCAGCCAGCAGCAUUGCCCUGGCGGCCGAGGACCCUGUCCUAACCAACUCUGAGCGCAACAAAGUCCUGAGGUAUUUUGACUAUGUUUUCACUGGCGUGUUCACCUUUGAGAUGGUUAUAAAGAUGAUAGACCAGGGCUUGAUCCUACAGGAUGGGUCCUACUUCCGAGACCUGUGGAACAUCCUGGACUUUGUGGUGGUGGUUGGUGCCUUGGUGGCCUUUGCUUUGGCGAACGCUUUGGGAACCAAUAAGGGGCGGGACAUCAAGACCAUCAAGUCUCUGCGGGUGCUCCGAGUCCUGAGGCCGCUGAAGACCAUCAAGCGCUUGCCCAAGCUCAAGGCUGUCUUCGACUGUGUGGUGACCUCCUUGAAAAAUGUCUUCAACAUACUCAUUGUCUACAAGCUCUUCAUGUUCAUCUUUGCUGUCAUCGCAGUUCAGCUUUUCAAGGGCAAGUUCUUUUAUUGCACGGACAGUUCCAAGGACACAGAGAAGGAGUGCAUAGGCAACUACGUAGAUCAUGAGAAAAACAAGAUGGAGGUGAAAGGCCGGGAAUGGAAACGCCAUGAAUUCCACUAUGACAACAUUAUCUGGGCCCUGCUAACCCUCUUCACUGUCUCCACGGGGGAAGGAUGGCCUCAAGUUUUGCAGCAUUCUGUGGACGUGACUGAGGAAGAUCGAGGCCCGAGCCGCAGCAACCGCAUGGAGAUGUCUAUCUUUUACGUGGUCUAUUUUGUGGUCUUCCCUUUCUUCUUUGUCAAUAUCUUUGUGGCUCUCAUCAUCAUCACCUUCCAGGAGCAAGGCGACAAGAUGAUGGAGGAGUGCAGCCUGGAGAAGAACGAGAGGGCGUGUAUCGACUUCGCCAUCAGUGCCAAACCUCUCACCCGCUACAUGCCACAGAACAGGCAUACCUUCCAGUACCGCGUCUGGCACUUCGUGGUGUCCCCGUCCUUUGAGUACACCAUCAUGGCCAUGAUUGCCUUGAACACUGUCGUGCUGAUGAUGAAGUACUACUCUGCUCCCUGUACCUAUGAACUGGCCCUGAAGUACCUGAAUAUCGCCUUCACAAUGGUGUUUUCCCUGGAAUGUGUCCUAAAGAUCAUCGCAUUUGGCUUCUUGAACUAUUUCCGAGACACCUGGAAUAUCUUUGACUUCAUCACCGUGAUCGGCAGCAUCACAGAAAUUAUUCUGACAGACAGCAAGCUGGUGAACACCAGUGGUUUCAAUAUGAGCUUUCUGAAGCUCUUCCGAGCCGCCCGCCUCAUCAAGCUUCUGCGUCAGGGCUACACCAUCCGCAUUUUGCUUUGGACCUUCGUGCAGUCCUUUAAGGCCCUCCCCUACGUCUGCCUGUUGAUUGCCAUGCUUUUCUUCAUCUAUGCCAUCAUUGGGAUGCAGGUCUUUGGAAACAUAAAAUUAGAUGAGGAGAGUCACAUCAACCGGCACAACAACUUCCGGAGUUUCUUUGGGUCCCUCAUGUUACUCUUCAGGAGUGCCACAGGUGAGGCCUGGCAGGAGAUCAUGCUGUCGUGCCUCGGGGAGAAAGGCUGUGAGCCGGACACCACCGCACCCUCAGGGCAGAACGAGAAUGAGCGUUGCGGCACCGAUCUGGCCUACGUUUACUUUGUCUCCUUCAUCUUCUUCUGCUCCUUCUUGAUGCUCAACCUGUUUGUGGCCGUCAUCAUGGACAACUUUGAGUACCUGACUCGGGACUCGUCCAUCCUGGGGCCUCACCACUUGGAUGAGUUUGUCCGUGUCUGGGCAGAAUAUGACAGAGCUGCAUGUGGCCGCAUCCAUUACACUGAGAUGUAUGAAAUGCUGACUCUCAUGUCACCACCGCUAGGCCUCGGCAAGAGAUGUCCCUCCAAAGUGGCAUAUAAGAGGUUGGUCCUGAUGAAUAUGCCAGUGGCUGAGGAUAUGACCGUCCACUUCACCUCCACACUUAUGGCUCUGAUCCGGACAGCUCUGGAUAUCAAAAUUGCCAAAGGCGGUGCAGACAGGCAGCAGCUAGAUGCGGAGCUACAAAAGGAGACCCUGGCCAUCUGGCCUCAUCUGUCCCAAAAGAUGCUAGAUCUGCUGGUGCCCAUGCCCAAAGCCUCUGACCUGACUGUGGGCAAAAUCUACGCAGCAAUGAUGAUCAUGGACUACUAUAAACAGAGUAAGAUGAAGAAGCAGAGGCAGCAGCUGGAGGAACAGAAAAAUGCACCCAUGUUCCAGCGCAUGGAGCCCUCGUCUCUGCCUCAGGAGAUCAUCGCUAAUGCCAAAGCCCUGCCUUAUCUCCAGCAGGACCCCGUCUCUGGCCUGAGUGGCCGUAGUGGAUACCCUUCGAUGAGUCCACUCUCCCCCCAGGAAAUAUUCCAGUUGGCUUGUAUGGACCCAGCUGAUGAUGGACAGUUCCAGGAACAGCAAUCUCUGGAGCCAGAGGUUAGUGAAUUUAAAAGCGUGCAGCCCUCUAACCAUGGCAUCUACCUUCCUUCGGACACCCAGGAGCAUGCGGGAUCUGGGAGGGCAUCCUCUAUGCCACGCCUGACUGUGGAUCCCCAGGUGCUGACAGACUCUAGCUCCAUGAGACGUUCAUUUUCCACGAUUCGGGAUAAGCGUUCAAAUUCCUCGUGGUUGGAGGAAUUCUCCAUGGAGCGAAGCAGUGAAAACACCUACAAGUCACGUCGCCGGAGUUACCACUCCUCCCUGAGGCUGUCAGCCCAUCGCCUGAACUCUGACUCAGGCCACAAGUCUGACACCCACCGCUCAGGGGGCAGAGAGCGGGGACGAUCGAAAGAGCGAAAGCAUCUUCUCUCUCCCGAUGUCUCCCGCUGCAACUCAGAGGAGCGAGGGACCCAGGCCGACUGGGAGUCCCCAGAGCGUCAUCAGUCCAGGUCUCCCAGCGAGGGCAGGUCACAGACCCCCAACAGACAGGGCACGGGUUCCCUGAGUGAAAGCUCCAUCCCCUCCAUCUCUGACACCAGCACCCCAAGACGAAGUCGUCGGCAGCUCCCACCAGUCCCUCCGAAGCCUCGGCCCCUCCUUUCCUACAGCUCCCUGAUGCAACACGCCGGGAGCAUCUCUCCACCCGCUGACGGAAGUGAGGGCGGCUCCCCGCUGACCUCCCAAGCUCUGGAGAUCAACGACACUGUUCUGACCGAGUCUUCCAACUCCCGGCACCCACAGCAGGGCCAACACUCCUCCCCACAGCGCUACAUCUCCGAGCCCUACCUGGCCCAGCACGAAGACUCCCAUGCCUCAGACUGUGGCGAGGAGGAGACGCUCACCUUCGAAGCAGCUGUGGCUACCAGCCUGGGCCGUUCCAACACCAUUGGCUCAGCCCCACCCCUGCGACACAGCUGGCAGAUGCCCAACGGGCACUAUCGGCGGCGGAGGCGUGGGGGGCCUGGGCCAGGCAUGAUGUGUGGAGCUGUCAGCGACCUCCUGAGUGACACGGAAGAAGAUGACAAAUGCUAGAGGCUGAUCACCCCUCCGAUGCAUGCUCUUCUCUCACACGGAGAAAACCAAGACCGAAUUGGGAAGCCAGUGCGGCCGGGGGGGAGGAAGAGGGAGGUGGAAGAUGGAAGGACACCAUGCAUUAUCAGAGAAGGAGGAGGAAAGGACAAAAGGAAAACCAGUCAAACCCACCAAAUUGCUUUAUUUCCCUUUGCAAGAUGGGCACUGCCAUAGUUCUGCCUCUUUGCUGGGGAAAGAAAAUACAUGGAGGGUUAUUCCCAUGGGAGAAGGGACACGAGGAUGGCUUUGCUUCCCCUUGCCCCUUCCCACUUUUCUAAAAGCUGUGGAAGGAUUGAGCUGGCCUGUGUCUACACCCGUUGCCCUGAGAAGCCUGGAAGACUUUCUGGCUCUUAAGUGGGGAGUCGUGGAGACCAUAGGAGAGGAAUCUCCUCCCUCACCAGCUCUUGCUCUUCAGCCAGCACCACUGCCACUAGGGCAACUGCAGCAGCAUCUCAUGCAUUAUCUUGUGGCUUGCUUCCCCCAAAGAAGCACAGGCUAAGUUCAGGAGCAUUGGAUGCCAGGGGUAGGAGGCAGGGCGGGAGGGAGGAAAGAGCUGAAGCGGAAGGGGUCAGGGUGCUGUGGCAGCAGCAGUAAGGGCUGUUCUGGAUGAGCAAAGCCAUAGCCAAGCAGCCCACACUGUAGAGGAGAGGGGCAAAGAGACAGAGCGCUAGUGGUGCUGGUGGGUACAGACCUGUCUCUUUGAAGACUGUCACCCACUCAGUAGGUGCUGAGAGUGUUAGUUAGGAUAGGCCAAGGAGGUCCCCCAGGGUCCACCGGUGCCUGGGCCUCUGGUAAGGGUGAUAUUUUAAAAGCAUUCAACAACCUGUAUGGCCAGGGCACCAGCUGGUGAGAGUGGAGUCUGGCCUUCGUGCUUUAGCCCCAUGCUAUGCCGGGCCGUAGCCUUGCAGAUGCUGGCCAUGGGGGAACACUGAG